AUGGUUGGCUACAUCACGGAAAGUGUGCGGACAUUUCGGUUGAUCGCAGACUUUGGCGGCACAGCUGCAUUCAUUCUAGAUCAAUUCCACGAACGACUGGUUGCUUACAACAAAUCAGCGGUGGAAUGUGCGCAGAUGGAGGUGAACAACCAGCAGUUCGUUGCAUGGAUGACCACCUUCCUAGUUGCCGUGUACACUGUAUUCGGUGGUAUUUCGGUCAUGGACGGCCGGCUGGAGUUUGGAAUGUUCGUUACCAAUAUUGGAGUUUUCAAUACCGCCGGGGCUGCUGGCACAGAGCUGUGUCAAGUCUUGCUGGCGAUGCAGAGGGUGGCUCCAUCCCUGGACCGCAUGGUCAGAUUCCUCAAUUUACCGACAGAUCUCCUGCAUCGUAGAGAUUUGGAGCGCCACCGUCGAUUGGCGACUGCGCAGUUCGUCAAGGAGAAGACGGACGAGGACACCGAAGAAGAUCCAGGAUUUGUGGUGGACGGGCUGAACUUGGAAUCCUGGCUGCAUGGGUCACUGGUUACACUAGUGCACACGCAGGCCAUCCACAACCUGCGGUUUUCGUAUCCGGGCAAUGAGCCGGUGUCCUUCGAUGGAAGGUUGGAGUUUGCGCAGGGAAAGCUUCUGGCCAUUAUCGGCGCACGCCAUUCCGGGAAGUCGACACUGCUGAGGAUUCUUGCUGGGAGGAACUUGCCCCAGCUGGACAAUACUGCAGCCCUCUUCUUCGUUCCUGCUCACCUGCAAGUACUCUAUGUUCCCCACAUGAUCUUGUUUUUUCAUGGCAGCCUCUACUCCAACUUGGUGUAUGGCGCCAGGCAUGCGGAAGACGCUUCCAUGCAGCGGGUCUUGAACAUCUGCGAAAGCCUCCAUCUUGGCCCGAAGAUUCUGGACUGUCUGGGAAGCAUAGCCGACACCGAAGACGCAGACUUUGCUUCGAAGGAGCUCAUGUGCCUGGAGAGGCCCACGGAGCAGUUUCAUGACGAAGACGUGAAGCGGAUCUGCAAGCUUCUCCGCCAGCACGUGAAGCACCGAGGUUUGGAGACUGAUCAAGAGUCCCUCCACCGGCGGAGACCACGAACAUGUAUCUUUACGACCAUGCGAAUGAUGUGCGUCAAAGCCGCGGACACCACUUACUUGGUCAAGCACGAUGGCGUCCAGCAGAUGCCAAGUAGUCAGGUUACGGAGCAGAUGUUGCGAUAG